CCUUGUCCCCAACAGUCUCUAGGUUGCUGCUGCUGCUUUUAGCUUUCUCCAACCUACGAGCCAUGGGGGUCCCACAAACCCCUCCACCUUCCACCGCCGCCACCACCACCACCCUCCUCGGCAAAUACCAAUUGGGCCGGAUAUUGGGCCGGGGAAGCUUCGCCAAGGUCUACAAGGCCCAAUCCCUCGUGGACAAUACCGCCGUCGCCAUCAAAAUCAUCGACAAACCCCAAAUCGACGCCGUCAUGGAGCCUCGGAUCCUCCGAGAAAUCUCCGCCAUGCGCCGCCUCCACCACCACCCCAACAUCCUCAAAAUUCACGAGGUCCUCGCCACCAAGUCCAAAAUCUACCUCGUCGUCGAGCUCGCCACCGGCGGCGAGUUAUUCGCCAAAAUCUCGCGCCACGGUAAAUUGCCGGAGUCCCUGUCCCGCCGGUACUUCCAGCAGCUCGUCUCGGCCCUGCACUUCUGCCACCAGAACGGCGUCGCUCACCGCGACGUGAAGCCCCAGAACCUUCUGCUUGACAAGAACGGGAACUUAAAAGUCUCGGAUUUCGGGCUCUCGGCCUUGCCUGAUCAGCUAAAAAACGGGCUGCUGCAGACGGCCUGCGGAACCCCCGCGUACACGGCGCCCGAGGUGGUUUACCGGCGCGGCUACGACGGCUCCAAAGCCGAUGCGUGGUCCUGCGGUGUUAUCCUCUUCGUCUUGCUCGCCGGGCGCCUACCGUUCGAAGACAGCAAUUUGGCUGCCAUGUACAAGAAGGUUCAGAGGCGAGAGUACGAGAUUCCGGGUUGGAUUUCGAAGCCGGCAGGUCGGAUAAUAUACCAACUGCUCGACCCGAACCCGAACACGAGGUUGGGGAUCGAGGCGCUGAUGGAGAAGGCGUGGUUUAAAAAAUCGAUGGAUUUGGGGCUGACGGGCGCUUUCGAACCGGAGGAGAAGUCGAAAUGCGACACCGUACCUUGCGGGAUGAAUGCAUUCGAUAUAAUCUCGAUGUCGUCGGGAUUGGAUCUGUCGGGGCUCUUCGAGGUGGAGAGCCGGAUGGAGAGGCGGUUCACGGCUGAGGCGGCGGCGGAGACGGUGGUGGAAAAAGUGGCGGAAGUUGGGGAGAGGUUAGGGUAUAAAGUGGAGAAAGGGAAGAGCGGUGUGAAUGUAGGGUUGGGGAAACGAGGGAAGGGGGUGAUGACGAAGGUGGUAAUGGCGGUUGAGGUGAAGGAGGUUGCGCUGAGUUUGGUGUUGGGGGAAGUGAAAAUGGCGGAGGGUGGCGGUGUCGAGCUUGAUCAGGAGGCUAGGCUUUGGGAGGAGUUGAGAGCUGGGUUGCAGGACUUUGUCGUUUCGUGGCAUAACGUCGUCGUUUGAUUUUGUGUGCAUUAUUUGGAUCUAAUUAAGGCUACGACAUAAGUUUUACUUUUAUUUAGGUUUAGUGGUAUGUUAGUUGAGUUGGGUUUAAGAGUUGAGAAUUUGUACAUUGGAUCAAAACUUCAGAUGUUGCUUUGAUUUGUGGUUACUGGUACUAAUUUAUGAUUAAUCAAAAUUAGUUUCAUCUUUUUAAGGAGUU